AUGUCGCAGUCAACAUUGAGAGUUGUCUUGCUUUUCGCGUUGCUACAGCCAUCGCUCGCGUACUUCCUUUUUCAAAGCAAGUAUGAAUUCGUUCAGCCUGUAAUCGAAACCUGCAGAGCCAACUAUACCAACGAGAGAACCAUGUGCGACCAAAUGCAACGUUGCAUCUUCGACAAUGUCUUCAGUGAAUACCCAGUUCGCUGGUCCGCCGGCGCAUCAAUUCUGGCCUUUAUACCGACAAUCGUGGGCCUGAUGUCCAACAGUAUUGACGAGAUCACUGCUAUCGCUGACGAAUCAAUCCUCUUGGCCAUAACAAUUUCGCUCUCAUCGGUCACAGUCUUCUCAUCCCGAUUAGGAGACAGCACGACUGCUCUAAAGCCUAGCUCUCAGCACCUACACGCAGUGAACUUGCAAACAGCUCGAGACAACAUCGUGGAGCUAUUGAAACAAAACAAACCGAAGCACUCAGAGAGCUUGUGGAAUAGAUGGGGCAAUACCCGUACGCAGGACGCUGUCAUUGGACUCAUUAUGAUUGGUGCAAGCACGCAAAUCUGGUACCAGCUCUUUCAGGUCACGAGAUAUGGCAUUGUCACUUUCGCAUGCCCUGUGAAAGUAAAUGUGUUUUUGUGGGCCGCACUAGGCCAAUUCCUUACCCUUUUGAAUGUGCGCUUAAGACAUCUUUCCUUUAAUUACAGGAGGAUACAUUUCUCGGCAAACAGCCGAGCUCAGCAAACUGCGAGCAGACCAACAGGAAACCUUGCGAAUGUCGAAAGCCAGAUUGCAGAUACGACCAUAGUACUUCGUUGUCAACGCUCAGGAAGAGGGCGCCGUACACUACAAUUUUGCACGGCAGUGACCAGUUUUAGCAUCUAUACCUACGGCACAACGGUCCUCGCGAGCAUGACAUUGUUUGAAGCGGCUGAUGCACUCCGGGUUGUCGUGGUAGUUGCCGUCAAUGCUGGUUUUGGGCGUAUGGUGGGAUAUUGGGCGAUUUCAUCAAUUAGAAAAGGCAAGAAAACCAUUUUGGUUGAUGUGCCAGCCGCUCACAUAGAUGAUAUAUCUCGAAUAAUGAACGAUGGCUUCUGA